ACAGAGAUAAAUACUGUAUGGAAGAUUAUUCUAGCUGGUUUGGAGAAGAUAUACUUCUUGAAUGGUUUCUUCUUUGUGAUAUUUAUACACAGCCUUAUUAGAAGAGCAGUGCUUGCUGACAAUAUGGACCAAAUAAAUAAGAAUAUUCUGCAUAGUGCUUCCAUUUUAGAUGCAAUUUUAAUAAUUGACGAAAUGGUGAUAGAUGUUUGGAUGAAAUUAAAGUGGCAUGAUCAGUUUUAUACUCAUGGUGCUUUGAUCGAAGUAGUACAAUCCUGCAUAUUUGAAUACAUACAGGCUGUUUUAGAAAAAAUUAAAGAGUGUAACUUCUAUUCUAAAAAGCAUCAAUUUAAGAUAAGUAAAAAGCUCUGUGUAGUUCUUUGUAAUGCAUAUGCAUUAUUUGAACACAUCCACAUCAUUAAAAAUAAAAUAGAAGGUGUGUUAAAGGUUGCCAAGACUGAAUAUGGUUUUAUCAAUGUGAAUCCUUUGGUAGCAGUUGAAAGUCAAAUAUUGAGUUCUAUUGCCACAGUAUAUUUGUUAAUUUUGGAACAGGUCAGUAAAAAACUAAGAAAACUUACAAAUAACUUUAUGAAAGUUAAAAUUGGUAAUACUUUUCAUCUAGAUACAACAGAUGAAUUAUGUUCUUAUGCUGAAUAUACACUGGAAGUGUUGUAUUUAAAUUUAAAACCUGAGCUAUUUUAUAUUCUCCUGCCACAUAUGUGGAUAACAGUUUUAGAAAAUCUCAAGAAUGGAUUGAAAUAUAAGGGUUUUACUGCUUUGACGAUGAGAAAAAAGACUAAAUUUGCAAUUACUUCACAAGCAUUAAAUGAAUUACAAAUUAUUUUCCACUGUGAUGGUCAUGGUCUUUCUCAUAAGCAACUGCAAAAUAAGGUAUAUAAGGACUUGCAACAAAGUAUCAGAAAAUAAUGAGAAAUAAUCAGAUCUGGUCUGGCAAACAAGAGACGAAAAGUUAAUUUUGUGUAACAAGCAUCACUUCUUUGUAUUUUAACUUUUUGCACAUAUUUGAAUUAUGUAAUCAAUUUAAUAAAUUGUUAAGUAUACACUA